AUGUUCAUUAAAGAUGUUCUGCCAUGCUGUAAUUUUUUGACUCCAAUUUUCAUCUUCUCAAUCAUUGGAUUUGGUUUCAAAUAUGCGGCAGAAAACAUCGAAAAAGAGAUAAUCAAGGAGAAUUCGAAAUCGCCAAAAACCAAAAAGAUUACCAGAAAAAGAGAUGGAAAACAAAUCGCGGAGAAGAAUUCGAAAAAAUCGCGGAAAUUCUCGGUUCCAAAUACAUUUGGUGUGAAUUCGAAUCACUCUUCCCCUCUACCUCAAUUUUGCCGUCCGAUCGAUGCUAUCACACCUCAGUCGGAUAAGACGAAAUCUGAGUCUCCGAUCCGAAACAAACGCCAAAAUGGAAAGAAAUUGUCGGCAAAAAAUGUUCAAAAGGAGAAAGAACAUCAAAUUGGAACAUUCGAGCAAGAUGAAGUUGAUCCAUGUUUAGAUGGUUUUAUAACCGUUAAGAAAAAGGAAUUUCCGAAAGGAAGGACUCAAUCAAGAAAAGAAAUCAAAAUGAAGAUCGAAGAUGCAAAAGUGUUGGCGAUCGAGUUGCACAAAAAAUGUGAUGAAAAGCUGGCCAAACUGCUUGAUCCGUGGACGCCCUUCGAAUCGAUCACUUACACGCGGCAAGACAUUUGCCUCGAACGACAAAGAAUCGAUGAUGUGAUUCGGAACGCGAUCCAAAAUGAAGGCGAACUUGAUUUGCACUACAUGUCAGCAAAAGGAGCAACUGAUUACUUUAUCAAAGUGAUGAGUGGUAUGAAGAAAGGAAUAUAUUUGUCUGUGAUUACCGGCAGUCGAAAUGGACGAGGACAGAUAAUGAUGCACCUUCAAAACUAUUUAACGUCUAACAAAAUUCAUUAUAAAUUCGAGCUGCUUAACCAAGGACAACUGAAAGUUUCAAAACGCUAA